AUGAAAGUUUGCUUUCGUCGCAUUACUCCAGUAUUACGCAUAGAGGAGACAUCAAGGAAGUGGGUUGACAUGGCGACGAGGGUGGGCUCUGUUCUGGUGAUGUUCGCCGUUCUACUGGCGGCCGUCGGCUGCUACGAGUACGGUCAGGUCUACUGCGGGAGGAGGCUGGCCACGUCCCUUGCCCUGCUGUGCGACGACGCGCCGUCGGUCAAAAGGGCCGGCCAGGGGUCGGGGGGAAUCCCCUGGCCGUGGCUGGAACGACACCUGGCGAGGAGCAUGGGCAGGAGCAAGCGCCAGGUGGUCUCCGAGUGCUGCGACAAGCCUUGCACCGUCGACGAGCUGAUGUCGUAUUGCCCGUACGCCAUGCUUUAC